AUGGACGGAAAGCGGCAUUUGAGCUCCUUCCAGCAGCUGGAGAAGUUGGGAGAGGGAACGUACGCCACUGUGUUCAAGGGCCGUAAUAGGCAAACCGGUGAGCUCGUGGCCCUUAAGGAGAUCCACCUCGACUCGGAGGAGGGCACGCCCAGCACGGCGAUUCGCGAGAUUUCGUUGAUGAAGGAGCUGAAGCACGAGAACAUUGUCGCCUUGCACGAUGUCAUCCACACCGAGAACAAACUUAUGCUGGUGUUCGAGUACAUGGAUGGCGAUCUUAAGAAGUACAUGGACACCCAGGGCGACCGUGGCGCGCUCAAGCCCGGCCUCAUCAAGUCCUUCAUGUAUCAGCUCCUCAAGGGCAUCGAUUUCUGCCACCAGAAUAGAGUCCUGCACCGAGAUCUGAAGCCCCAAAACCUGUUGAUCAACAGCAAGGGCCAGCUGAAACUGGGAGAUUUUGGACUGGCGCGCGCCUUCGGCAUACCUGUUAAUACCUUUUCCAACGAGGUGGUCACGCUGUGGUACAGAGCGCCCGAUGUGCUGCUGGGAAGCAGGACCUACAACACCAGCAUCGACAUCUGGUCCGCCGGCUGCAUCAUGGCCGAGAUGUACACGGGGCGCCCGCUGUUCCCCGGUACCACGAAUGAGGACCAGAUCAUCCGUAUCUUCAGAAUCAUGGGCACGCCGACGGAGCGUACCUGGCCCGGCAUCACCCAAUUCCCCGAAUACAAGCCCACCUUCCAGAUGUACGCCACGCAGGACCUUCGCCAGAUCUUACCCCAGAUUGACUCGACCGGUAUCGACCUACUGCAGCGCAUGUUGCAGCUCCGCCCUGAGCUGCGCAUCAGCGCCCAUGAUGCCCUGCAGCACCCGUGGUUCGACGAGCUGAUCAUGCAGCAGCAUCACCAGCAACAGCAGUCGCACGGCAUCCCGGCCCAGUCCAGAGGCUACCCGCAGGCGGUGCCCGCGCAAGCAAGUUACGACAACUACUAG